CAGUGCAAUUUGCAGAUCUCUAAACACAACCCUAGAUCCUCUCUCCUGCUUCUACACCAUAUAACUCUCGUUCUCUUGCCUCAACCUCUGUUACCGCGACAUGGCCAAGGAGUCAUCGGAGCAUGGCUCAUUCCAUGCCAAGGACUACCAAGACCCUCCGCCGGCACCUCUGUUCGACACGGUAGAGCUCUGCAAGUGGUCAUUCUACAGGGCUGUCAUAGCCGAGUUCGUAGCCACUCUGCUCUUCCUCUACAUCACUAUCUUGACCGUAAUAGGUUACAAGAGUGUGUCAAGCAGCAACGCCUGCACCGGAGUCGGUUAUCUCGGAAUUGCAUGGGCCUUCGGAGGCAUGAUCUUCGUUCUCGUCUACUGCACUGCCGGCAUUUCAGGUGGACACAUAAACCCGGCCGUGACAUUUGGGCUGUUGCUGGCCCGCAAGGUGUCGCUGGGGCGAGCCCUCUUCUACAUGGGAGCACAGUGCCUUGGAGCCAUCUGCGGAGCGGGGCUUGUCAAGGCUUUCCAACAUUCAUACUACCACGAGCACGGCGGCGGGGCCAACAGUCUCUCCUCUGGGUACAGCAUCGGCACUGGACUCGGCGCUGAGAUCAUCGGCACCUUCGUCUUGGUCUACACCGUCUUCUCCGCUACUGAUCCCAAGAGAAAAGCCCGUGACUCUUUUGUCCCCGUUUUGACUCCACUUCCAAUUGGGUUUGCUGUUUUCAUGGUGCACUUGGCGACCAUCCCCAUCACCGGCACCGGAAUCAACCCUGCUAGGAGCCUUGGAGCUGCCGUUAUGUACAACGAGAAGACUGCCUGGGAUGAUCAUUGGAUCUUCUGGGUUGGACCUUUUGUUGGUGCAGCCAUUGCAGCAUUCUACCAUCAGUUCAUCUUGAGAGCUGGAGCUGUGAAGGCUUUGGGCUCGUUUAGGAGCCAAACCAAUGUCUAAUUUCCCUAAUUAUUUCCCCUCUCCAUGAUUGUAUUAGACAAUAAAUAUUUAGGAAAAAGACCCAAAAUAAUGAGGGAAGUGCUUGUGGUCUGUUGUGGGUUUUGAACCAUACAUUUUUCAAUUUCCCUCAUGAUGUUUGGUGGGGCGUGGGGGGGAGUUGAAAUAUGGGGGCUCUUCUUCUCAGGGGGAGGCUUUUAUGAUCACUUUUCCCAUUUCAAUUAUGCACUUGCCUUUGAAUUUACUUCAAUUAAUGCUGUUUUUCUCU